UGAGAUAACCCAGACGUCAUCUCCAUGGGAGAAAUCUCGAUUCACUUGUCUGGUUGCCCUUCCUCCACACCGUACUGUCUUCUGGCGUCAGGUCAGUUGAACGAAAGUCUGAUGAAAAUCGUCCUGAUCUUCCAUAUCGCGUCAACACAUACACCCAGCCUAACUUCUGCAGAAAGAGCACCGUAACAAGAUAAUAGGAUUCUACUGUUCGGAUUAUGCCGGGUUAGCCUGACGAUCUCCAUGCCAUAAAAAAGUUGUUCAAGAAGUCGUCUCAGAGCUCUAGAAAGGAAAAGGCAUGUUAUUCGAAGAAGCGCUCAAGCAGGUCGGGGACUUUGGCCUGUUCCAGUACAUGCUCAUCGUUUACCUCUGUGUGUUCGUCGCACCGCUGCGUGUGCUUCCUCUAUUCACGCAUAUCUUUAGCCUCCUGGAGCCACCGCACUGGUGCAGAAAUCCGUACUUGGAACAUUUUAAUCUUACUCAGGAAGAGAUACAGAAUGUCAGCAUUCUACGGGCCACCGGAGGAAGCUGGAGCAAAUGCGAGAUGUACGAAUACAACUGGUCCCUCUGGGAGCCGUCGAUGCCGAUGCCUGCAUUCAACAGUUCGUCACCAGUUAUUCCGUGUCCGUACGGUUGGAAAUAUGAUCACUCUGUCAUAUAUCCAACCAUAGUAAGCGAUAUGGACUGGGUAUGCGGACAAUCAUGGAAAACGUACGUUUCCAAUUCCUUGUUCUUCGGGAGCAUGUCGGUAGGAGUAAUACUCUUUGGAGCCAUUAGCGACAAAGUAGGCCGUGCCCCUGUGAUGAUAGUGGUGUACAUAGCAGCCGGAGCGGGAGGACUGCUCACUUACUUCUCGUACAGCUUUCCUGUCUUCUUGGUCACCAGGGCGAUACAAGGGCUAGUACUCUUGUCCAUUAGUAUCAUUCCCUUUGUUCUCGCUAUCGAGUACGUGCCUGCUCAGAAGCGCAUGCUUGUGCUGACUGCCUUCCGGUUCGCCUACCCGCUGCUGGGAUGUUGCAUGCCCUGGGUUGCCUAUGCCAUAGGUGACUGGCGCCUGCUCAAUGCGAUCGUCGUCGUUCCCUGCAUCGUUGCGCCCGCUGUUUCCUGGUUUAUCCCUGAGUCCAGUCGAUGGCUGAUCUCCAAGGGCAAGACGAAAGCGACCAAGAAGAUAAUGACUCGUAUAGCAAAAAUGAAUGGGAAGCAAGUGGACCCUGAUGUGUUCGACUCAUUGGAGUUCCAAGGCAAAGACGGGAAGGUGAAAAAAUCCAGCUCAUGGGAAAUCUUCAAAAUGCCGUCACUGAGAAGGAACUUCCUCAUCACACUUUUUUUGUGGCUAAUGUCUUGUUUGACAUAUUCUGCCGGGCAACUGUACGCAGCUACGGCGACCGACUCUCCCUUUGUAAUGUCUUCAUCCACCAACGGCGUCGACAUCCUGGCGACUGCCAUCGCUCUUCCCCUGGCCGAUAAGUGGGGACGCCGCCCGAGCAUGGUGACCUCUUAUAUUGUUGCUGCCGUGUCGUACAUUGCAGUUGGAUUCCUGCCGACAGGAGAGAGAUUAGCUGCCUUCGUGGUGCUCAUGAUCGGAAGAUUUGCCCUGACGACCGCUUACAACGUCGGCUACCUGUAUGCAGCAGAGAUAUACCCAACCGCCAUCAGAUCACAGGCCCUAUCGAUACGCCAGGCAUUCGGCUCCAUGGGAAAGUUCCUGAGCUCACAGGUGGUGCAACUGGCUUUUUACAGCCAAUAUUUGCCACUCUUCAUACUGGGUGGCAUGUCAUUCCUGUCGUCCAUCAUCACAUACCCCCUGCCAGAGACCAAUAACCAGAAGCUCCCGGAGACCUUGGAGGACGGUGAGAACAUGAAGUACUGGCCCAAAAGUUUCUGUCCGUGCAUAACAAAGGACGAGAUGCACAGGAGAGGCUCAGAAGUGCGAGGACGCAGCAUGUCUACGAUGUCUGCGGCAACGGUGGACAGUGUCAGCCCACAUUGAUGCAGCUCACAGCGUUACGUCCUUCAAGCAUCAUUCUGAGGUGAUGCCCAUAAGAAGUAGGACAGAAGAGAACUGUUGCGGUGCAAUAGCAAUUUGUAGAAAUCUUAUGGGAUUUGUGAUGACACGAGCAAAGGCAUCGCUCUCCCCCAUCGCCCGCGUGGGUGUGAUGCAACUGAUGGAUCAGCAACGUCUACAGUGCUAAAGUAGGAAACUGGAUGUAAAACUGUGUACAUGGAUGUCCCUUUCCCUUUAUGAACGUUUAUGAUGAUGUCACAUGAGAGCUCUCUAUGUGAUGGCACGAUUGUGACCGAGAGGCUUAACAUCAAGUUACGCGCCAGGAUGAGGUUUAUAUGCGUUAUUUUCAUGGGUGGCGUAAAAGAGAUGGCUAACGAAUGCGUGGCAUCACAAUCACCCUCCCGUUGGCAUCUAUGAACCCAUAGAAUGAAUUUAUCUUCCAGGAGGCUCUGAA